AUGCACAUUCAAACUCGUGGUCUUGAUGAUGACCGCGUCAGUGUCUUGGCCUUCGAAGAGCUUGACACCUGUUUUUUCUGGCAGCCGCCUCAGAUGCAGACCUCGAAGUUUGGAAAGCGCUUGGGCCCAUCCUUCCGUACGUACUGGAGCAAAACCGGCCCUGACGCAGUAGAACUGCUGGAUAGCCAGAGGUUGCAGAUUUACAUGGUUGGGGGCCAGAUGCGACAUCUACGAAUUCUAGAGUCCAGCGACAGCAUUGCCGCGGAGGUUUCGGGUUUUGUCGUCCGAAAUGUCGACGCAGAGAUGGCACGUGAAUUGAGUGUCGACGUCGCCAGUCAAGAUCUCAAGGCCUGUGGGACCUUCUCGUUUCGGUACAUGGUGCUAUCCACGCUGAUCCUGCUGGCUUGGCACGUAACCCGGUGGAUCAUCAGUAUUCACUAUGAGCAGCGAGCACAUCUGGGACAGCUCCCGUGGUGGCGGGGCACACUGGUUACGAUCAAUGGCGUCGUUUUCUGCACAUGGGGAUUGUUCGAAACAUGGUCUGCUAGUCUGGCCGGGGAGCGGCCAACAUGCCUAACCACUUGCGUGGGACUUCUUCUCUGCUUCGGUUUCGCCAUUGUGGGAACUUUCGCACAGAUUGCAGACUACCCGCUGUCUUUGAUGGGGCUCACGGGCCUUUUCCUGGGAGGCCCCACAUCUUUGUAUUACCUAACUCGAGCAAACCAUCAUCAACGGGAGCUCUUCCCGUGCGCGAUGUGGACUUUCGCUCAGCUGAUGGGAACCGUUGGCUGCUCAAUACUCCUCUCCUGCAUCGUUGUCUUCUACGUCUUGUUGCUGGAAGACCAGGUCUUGGUUGCCACCGUUCUUUUGCCCCUCGCCACUGCAGCGGUAGAGGCAGGCACCGUGAUGGGUUGCAAGCUGGCGUACAAGCGGCUGGUGGUUUCAAGACGUCCAGCAAUACCUGGUGACACUUCCUACAUAGCCUUGCCGUACAUGUUGAUCGCAGCCCACUCGUUCUGCGAAUCAGCCCGGUUGGUGGCUUCCUUUUCCGGGGCGGUGACAUCUGGCAGCUUUUCUUGGGUAGGAUCUGCUCUUCUGACGCUAACUUUGAACAUCCUCGUUCGCCUGGGAUGGACCCGAUACCUUAUGUUCCUGUUCCUCAGAAGACUGCACCCAAGCCUGGGCUCUCUUGCUGUGCCGAGUGGAUGGACGAAGCUGCAUGAUGAGGUCAAGAUCUAUGCCGGCUACUUCCGGUUCAUCGUGGUAGCGUCGUUGGUAUGUGCCAGGGCUAUCUACUAUGGUGAUAUGUCAUUCGACGGGCCGAAGGCUCCAGCCUUCAACUUCUCAGCAGGCUGCUCUCUUGUGGUCCUCCUUGUGCUUGAGAUUCUGGAAGACAAGGUCGUGAUCGGGGAGCUCCUGCCGAUGAGUCCCAUUCCGCCCGAGAUGCUGCACGUGAGGACGACUCGCCGGAUGAAUUCUGAUUUUGGGAGGCUGCACGGCCUUCUAAGGUCUCGCGCAGUGUAG